AUGUCAGCUUCCAAAAAUUUGAGUGGGCUUGGGGAAUGGUGGUUGAGUGUGGAGAGAAACAUGGCCAUAGGCGUAAGGCCCAUUUCAACAAGGGUCCAUGAAACGACUUUAUUCCAAUCCUUCAAAACUCCAAAAAUAAGAAGAAACGGGCCAAGUAGGGAGGGAUUCGUAAUGAAAUCAGCCAAGAAUCCCAAAAUGACUGCGUUUGAGAAGAACCAUAGAGUUUGUGACUAUCCAAAUCCUACGAUAAGAAAAAGUCCCUCUCCUCUCUCAAAGAAACACGUCGCAGCCAAACCUGACUCCUUCACCUCUUCUCGACACGACGCCGUGACGUUCUUCUACUACAUCUCUGACGAAAGUUGCUCACCUUCUUCAACUUCAUUGCUCAAUCUGACAUUUAUGACCGCCUUCCACCAUUUCGAUUCAAAAUUUCAUCUCAGUUCUGAUCUCAAUGUUCGAGAAGCAUACAAAGUUAAGAAGAGAAAACAAUAUAUCUUACCUACCAGAGAAACUAUCUGGUGCUUCUUCAACAUUUGCAUCUUCUCUUUUUCUUCCUUUUUUGAUUCUUUGCACCCUUCCUCGUUUUGUUGA